UGAGGGCUUCGCGCAUGCGCACUUCAGACCUUGUCAGGGACGCAGGUCGUUUAUUGACAGUGAAGCUGCAGUAAUACAGUAGUGCUGCUGCUGCUUCCUAGCUAGCUUCCUCUGGACAACUUUUGUACUCCGAAAUCGCUUCGAGGACGUUUUUUUUUUGCGUUUCAGAUGCACAAGUAAAGGCACUGGUCAAGCCCAUGACCCAGCAGGAGCAGAAUGAGUUCAGGGAGAGAUGGGAGGAGGCGCAGGCGUGGAUGCAGGCCGUCCAGGAAAGACUUAAACUCAACGACAACACCGAAGGACCCAGAGCGGCUCUGGAGGCCCGACUGAAAGAGACGGAGAAAAUCCACGAGUCGGAGCCGGAGGGCCGGAUGAAAAUGGAAGUGGCCCUGGUGGCCGCAGACGCUCUUCUCAAGAACGGAGAUGAGGAGCUGAAGAACCAGACUCACUCCAAACUUAAAGAACUUAAGACUCUCUGGGAGGAGACGUCCACCUACAUCAUCCACUGCCACAGCCGUAUUGAGUGGGUGUGGCUGCACUGGAGCGAGUACCUGAAGGCCCACGAGGAGUUCUACAUGUGGCUGGUGAAGGUGCAGCGGGUGGUGGAGCCUCAGCUGGAGCUGCAGCUGGCUCUGAGGGAGAAGCUGUGGCAGGUGGAGCAUCACCGCGUGACCUGCAGUAACGUGAAGGCCCAGGAGCCGCUGUUGGAGCGCCUGCUGGACGAGGCCUCCACACUUUAUAACCGCACCCAGGACCCCAGUGUGGACGAGCACGCUCAGAACAAACUGCAAGAGGCAUACAACAACAUCCGCACCAGGGUGGAGGAGAGGCUAGCUCUGGUGCAGAAGGUCGCAGAAGAGCAUCAGCAGCACCAAAGCCGCGUUCAUGAUUUCCAAACAUGGUUGGCGUCGAAAACAGUAGAAGUGAAUCGUUUCAGGGAGAUGGAGGACGUUUCGGAGAAUCGACUACAAGCCCUGCAGGACCUGGAUGCCAGCGUGGCCCGUGAAGAAGAGACAUUAGUGUACAUCGAAGGCCAGGCCGAGGCGGUGAAGGCCAACACGUCACCUGCAGGAGCUGAGCUAAUCAGAGAGGAAGUGGAAGAGCUGCGGCUGGAAUGGCAGAGGAUGCGGCUGGAGCUGCAGGAGAUCCACACCAAGCUGAAGGGCUCUAUGGAUGCCCAGAGAGAGUACUACACCCGGCGAGAGGAGCUGGCAGCGGGCAUCAAGCGGCUCCGAGCCCUUGUGCACAAAAUGAGCCGGCAGCUGGAGAAUAAGGAUGGAGAGAGGAGUGAGGAGAACAUGGUGGCUCAGUGGAAGAGCUAUACCGAUGUGAGGACAGUCCUCUCGGCCGAGGAGCCUCAGGUCGAGCAGCUUAAAGCCCAGCUGAAGGAGUUAUACCGCUUCCCUUAUGAUUACCAACAACUUGCUGAUGAAGUACUGACUGCAGUGAAAGAGUACCAGAGUGUGAAAGGACGCACGUUCCGGCUCUGCUCGGAGAGCGAGACAGCUCUGAAGCAGCUCCUACAGGAUCCCCUGCACGUCUUUAGUCAGUGGAGUCCGCUGGCGUCUCAGAUGCUCGACACCUCAGCCGAAGUGACCGACUUCUCCCACAUGGCUGUGCUCGUGCAGAAUAUCGAGAAGCUCCUGAAAGACAGCGUGCAGCUGCAGGAGAGGCUCAGCUUGCUGCAGGUGAAAGCCGACCUGCUGAGCGCCGUGUUUGGCGAGGAGAAAGCCCAGAGCCUGCUGGAGGAGCUCAGUACAGACAUGAAGAAGAGAGAGCAGCUUCACAGCCAACUUCUGCAGAGGAGAACUCGACUGCAGGAAUUAAUAUCAACUACAAAGAAUUUUGGUGAUGCUUACGACUCUAUUCACCAGAAGCUCAUGUCUAUAAAGGAGAGAUUUCACGCUGCAGACGGACUCCAACCUGAUAUUCUCGCUAAGAAGAGCCAGGCUGACCAGCUCAAGGUCAUUAAGAAAGAUCUGGAAGACUGCGAGGCUCACAUCACCGCUCUGGAGACGCUCGUCUCCUCCAGUCCCGCUAACAGGACCAAGUUCGAGCGUCUCUACUCCGACUGGAAGCUGCUCUAUAAAGCUGUUCGGUCGAAGGCGAACGAAAGUGAGGAGAGUAUUUUGGAGCACGAGAGUUUCCAUGAGAGUCUACUGAACAUGGAGAAAUGGCUGAUGAUCAUGAGGCAGAAGCUGGAGUCGUUUCGAGGACCGAACGGAGAGUGGAGCGUGGUGAACCGGCAGCAUGAAGCAGAGAGGGCGCUGGGCGAGUUUCCAGAGAAGGAGCAUCAGCUGCACAGGACCGAAGAGCAGGGUCACAUCGUGCUGCUGAAAACCUCACAGGAGGGCAAAGUUCACAUUCAGCGUGACCUCAGGCGCCUGCGCGAGUCCUGGAUGUCUCUCCAUGCGCUCAGUCUGAACCUGUACAGACUUCUGAAUGGACACGGUGCCUCAGGAGAAAUCGACUCUUCACUACACUCACACCAUGCAGCCGAUUUCCUGGAGGGAAGUGGUGGAUCCUCAAUCCGAGUCAGAGCAGAUGGCCAAUCGGGAUUCGAGGACGACCUGCAGCUUCCUGAGGGCUCACGGAUGGCCAGAGGUUCAGGAGGGUUCGAGGCUUUUGCCAAACACGGGAAAUUCGUUACCAAACACGACGAUGCGUCUCAAACAGAGGAUGGGGAGUUCAGUCCUCGAGGUGGAAUCCUAUAUCCUGAUGAGAACGUCCAAGGAGUCUGGAGAGGGGAACCAAGAGGCCAUUCCACUUCCACUGAUGAAGUGGACUCGACUGCCAUUGGACGAGGAUAUCAGGGUAUCGGAGAGCAGAAAGAUGGAGGACACACCCAUGGAGCAGGAGCGAUCAGGAAAAUUGGAUCCGGGAAUCGAGGCAGAACAAGAGAAUGGGUUGAAGAGCAUUUAUCUAGGGUAGAAGAUGUUGGGAUAAUAAGUGAAGGCCACUAUGCAAGAGAUUCUGCUGACACGGCAAAACCCUCAAAUACAGAUGUUAGACCAAAACAGCUGUCUGCAUUUACACACGUCACGGACGCUUCAGGUCACGGCUCCACUGACAUCACUCAGGUGAGACAGCGCAGAUCUGAUUGGAAAUCUCGCAGGAGAGAGUUUGAGGCCUGGCUGCGUAAAGAAAACGAGAAACUCGCAGGGAUUAUGAACAACCAAAGAGCACUGAGCACCAAAGAACUGAAGAUUAGACGGAACACACUCAAGGGCCUGCGUGCUGGCAUACCGUGGGGUCAAGCUCAGUUCCAGCAGUUACUGAGCUCCUGGCAGGCUGAAGCAGGAACGGAGGAUGUGGAACUGGAGGAGCUUCGCUACAGAUGGAUGCUUUAUAAAUCCAAACUGAAGGACGCUGAAUGUGUUAAAGCUCAGCUCAAACUCCAGGAUGAAGGAGACCAGCAGGAGGAGCUUGUUCGGACCAGAAAGCAGGACAGCUGCUGUGGGUUCCUGUACCGUGUGUGUCGCGUGGCUCUCCCUCUGCAGCUGCUGCUCCUCGCUCUGCUGCUCUUCGCCUUCCUCCUGCCCAUGAUGGACGAGGGCACGAGCUGCUCGCUGUCCAACAACUUCGCCCGCUCUUUCAACAUCAUGCUGCGCUACCAUGGCCCUCCGCCCACCUAAACACACACACGUACACACACGCACACACACACACACACACACACGCCCGUAAGCAUGUACACACGCACAUACAUACAGACACAUAGCUGUACAUGCACAUACAUACACUAUUACACAUUUACGCACAGCUCUACCCACACACACACACACACACACGCAUGCACGCACACACACACACGCCUAUACACACAUACACACAGCUCUACAUGUAUACACACACCUAUAUGCACAUAUGCAUAGCUGUACAUGCACGCUCAGAUAUGUGCAUAGCUAUACAUGUAUACAAACACACACAUAACUAUACACAUGUACGCACAAUCAUACAUGCACACACAUACGCAUAUCUAUACAUGUAUGCACACACACCUAUACAAAUAUAUGCACACACGCACACCGGAACAAACAUAUGCACAGCUAUACAUGCAUGCACACAUAGAUACACACGCAAAUAGACAUGAGCACAGCUAUAACACAUGCACCUAAACACUUACACUUAUAUACACAUAUGCACAGCUAUACACACGUACAAACACACCUACACACCCUCAUAUAGACGUCUGCUCCAUCAGCAUCAUGCUGCCUGGUCCUCUACGCACAUAAAAACACACACACACACACACACUUGCAUACAUACUUCUAUGCACACAGCUCCUUCAACAUCAAUCUCCAUCCACCUAAACACACACCUACACACACACCUCCAUGCAUCUAUGCACACUUAUCCAUAUUUAAAAGAGAGUUACUUCAUCGUCAAGCUCUGUCCAGCUAAACACACAUACACACAACACCCACACACACCUACACACACCUACACACACGCUGAAGAGAGCUUUUUUUCCUCUGAGUCUCCUCCUCAGUGCCACCAAACACCAAAAUAUCUGUGGAAUGUACACUAUAUGUACUACUAUUAUAUUCAUCAUUAUUAUUACUGUUACAUAAUAUGAUUGUGUUAACUUUAUUCCUUUUCCAAGCAAAAAAAAAAAAAAUCAGAAAACAAGAAGCUGCAGAGAUGCACUGCAUGAAUCUGAGAUCAGUUACUGUAGCAUCAUAUUUCACACUCAGCUGGGCCCAGCAGAACUGUGUAUGCGAGUGUGUGUGUGUGUGUGUGUGUGUGUGUGUGUAUGAGUGGGAGGCUGGCUUUGACGCUGGCAACCUGUUCCUCACGACUCGAGCUGUUGCGCUGUCUUAUUUUAUUACAGAGAAAGCAGAGUAGAGUAGCUCUAAGGAGUGCAGAAACAUUUCUGUUCCAGUGUCUCAGUAUACUGCGGUGUAUAAGAAUGCUAGCAUGUGUGUGUUUCAAUAUUCUUUUUAACAUGCCUUUAUUAACUUCCCUUUAUGACUCGGAAAUGUAACUUCUCCAUCACAAAAGACGGCACUAGGGCUGGGCGAUAUGACAGGCGAUAUGACAGAAAUAUCAUAUCGCAAUACUUGAAAACAUUUCUUAGAUUCAAGAUAUAUAAAUUUAUUAACAAAGUGUGAUGUCUACACAGGAAAAAAAAUAAAUAAACAAAAAAACGCCUGGAAUAUCUUGCGAAUUUUCAUGGUAUCGAUAUCAUAUGGUCAUAUCACCCAGCCCUAGUGAACAAAGAAGCAACAAAAAGUGGAUUAAAAUCGAAUUAAAAUAGCAACACACUUUGCCUUGGUACUAAAUAUUAAGUUAAACGUGAAUUUCAUUCCACAAGUUUGCUCCCGAAGGCCCAGUUUGAACAAAUCAGUUUUAAAUUAAUAAAUUUCAGAGUAUGUUAUCGCUCUGGUUUACACUUCUAACCAGCCGCAUCUGGAAAUGAAAUCGCGUCAAAUCGUACAAAUUUCUGAGCAAGUCUACAUUUAUGUUGAUUCGAUUGUUUGACCCGUUAAGAGAUCAGCUAACGAAUUUUACAUGAGCUAUUACAGUAAGAGAACUACCCUAAAUAUGGUGUCUGGGAUUUCAAUAAGGGAACAUGGUGAGUGGAAGGGUUGAUGAGGUUAUGUUAAAAACAGUACUGAAACAGAGCAUAUAUCUUAAUUUACCUCAAUAUUUCCAUCUAACACUAAAACGUUUGGUUGGCCGUUGGAUAAAAUGCGCUUUUGUAUGGUCUUGGAUUAAAAAAAAAAAAAAAAGAUAACUUUAAAUCAGUAGCAGAAGAGCCAAAUAUUGACAUUAACUAUGCAUUAGUUACAAAAACUUUGCUACAUCUCUGCCUCAUAUUUUCUGCCUCAAUUUUGUCACCGAUGCUGAUUUUUUUUGUAGCUAAGAAUUUUAGCGCCUCGUUUUUAUGUUCAAAAAUGAAACCUGUAGUUUAACUUAAACAGAUCUUUGCUCAUGAUUGUCAAUUAUCAAAGUCAGCUAAACAAAAAUUGGCUUAUACAUAUAAAGCAAGCCACAUAUGAUGAAUUAACCUAGAAUUUUAAAGUCAAUGGAGUGAUUUAAAAUCUGAGAUUAAAAAACAUUUUUAAAUAUUAUUUUUGAUAAAUUGUACAAGAAAAAAGAAAAUUAACAGAACACUAGUAGGAAAAAAAGCACCACUGCUCAAGUUAGAUAGCGAAUUUCUGGUAGCAGUGAACGCAGUUCGUAAUUCGGACGUCAUCCUAACAAAAACCCAAACCAAAUAUCAAGCUAGCUAGCUAUCAGAGUUAGCAAUCGAAUUAGUUUAUGUAAUAUAUUCAUUUAGCGAUGGUAACUAGCUAGUUAUUACCUUAUUUAAUACUGGUAUUAGCUAAAAUAUAGCUAUAACGCUCCAACAACAUCCCAUCAAUGCAACACCAACUAGCUUAUUCAAUAGCAAGCUAGUGCUAGUUUCCCUUUUUUUUUUUAAUUAUUAAAAUAUUUCUUAAUUUAUUUCGUUCUGGCACAUAAGAAAGAUGGCUGCAUGGUAUCAUGUGACUACCGUGUAUGCCACCGAUUUUUAGAUUUUAGGACAUAAAGUCAUGGUUUGCAUUAGAUAUGCUAAAAUUAAAUUUUUUCGUAAAUAUAUUUGAAUGUUGGAACGCACAUGUGUUUUGAACAACACAGUAACGUUCAUCCGGUUUCUUUUCGGUUGUUCUGAAGGGUCCAGCCGAUGGAGUGAAAAUAGCCCAGUAUGUCAAGAAUGUCCUUAUUUUAAAACGUUCUCUGCUUCUUUUUUGACCUCCGAGUACUGCGUUCAUUUUUUUCCCCUUGCUUGAUUUUCUCAGAGGACCGACUGUUGCUACAGCAACCGGGACCAAAUUUAGUUAUUCUAUUAGGAUCCCAUCAUAAAGGUCCAUUGUUCGAGCAGCUGUUUCAGAGAUUGUUAGAACGGUUCUGUAUGACUCGGAUUAUAUGUUUUUAUUAUGCAGAACGACAGGGGUCGGAUUUGAGAGCCUGCCGAAGUGUGUGUGCACGGGUGUGUGUGUGUUCUUUAAGGAGAACUGCUUAAGGAAGCUCAGGUGGAUUUUGUAUUUGAAAGCAGUGUUAAAUAUCUGUCGAAAUAUCUGUUAUGCCUCAGAAAAACAGCAAACUAUUAUUUAAGCGUUCUUUUAAACUACGUUAUGCAAAAAAAGAUGUUAUGCUCAUGAAGAAUCUUUAAAGUCACCCAAAACUUCUCUGAAGGCCAUUUUCUAUAUUCAGAAAUCUUUUUGGCAACAAUUUACGUAAAAUUUCCGUUUAGUACUAUUUAACGUAUUAAACAUUUUCUCUGCUUGCGAUUUUAAAGAAUUGUGAUGAAGGAUUUAAUCAUCCACAGCCGAUAUCCAGGAAAAAAAGACAGGAAAUCGAGCAUUUCCACUAUUUCAGGAUUAAGGAGAGUACGAAAGAGGUGUAAUAUUAUCAGCUGUGCAGUCGGGAACUGCUGGCAGGCAGUGGCAAUCACCAAUCCUCAACAUUUUCAAUAUAAUCCUUUUACAAAUUUGUUCUCUAAUGUCCACAUGGCUGACAUUUUUCACUGUUCAUCUGAUGCUCAAAGUGUGUGAAUGCAUCUGAGUGUACUCAAAAAAAAAAAAACAGCGUUAUGUAAUCACUUUCAUAUUAUCAUUACAAUUUACCUUAUUCGUAAAGUGUAAAAGAUUUGACACUUGGGCCUAUUUAUCCUAUUUAGAUGAAAAUUUUCAUCUUUUUUCUCUUUCUCUUCUCAAAAGAGCCGUUCUUGAGCAUUUUUGGCUGAAAUAUUUUGAAGACAUCGGUUAGUUGACGUUAACUAUAUAUCGUCUAACGGUAGUUACGUCAAACCUACGCUGAUAGAUUUUAUUUCAUAUUAGCAAACAAACAUUCUCCGUUUAACUUGACAUAAAGUGAGGGCGCCCCAAGAGCAUGUGGGAUAGAGGGAAGGGGGCGGGGCUUUCAAGUGGUGUUGGUUAUUAUUGGAGAGUUAAAAACUCAUUUACAUACUGGCAAUGAUUUCAGAUUCAUAUAUUGAUUGGCUGAUCAUCCCUUUUUGAUUGGAGGAGUAAAAUACAGCUCUUUUGGCAUAUUUGUAAGUGAUAACUUUGCUGAUUUUUAAAUUGUAGUGUUCCAACGCAGGUCAGAUAAUAUAAUAUAACAUAUAUAAUUGGAGUAAACGUAACUGGAAGUAUAAAAUCGUGUAGAGACGAUUCAAUCGUUAUAUCGCACAAGUCUAGUAAAAUUGAGUAAAAUUAAACGUGCCCAUGUUUGCAGAUGUUAACUAGCUAAAUUCAGAACUGGGGCUGAAGCAAGUUCCAAUAUUUACACAUGGAGAAAGAUUUCAGGACGUUUUUUCAACAUUUAGUAGCAUAUUGUAAUAUAAUUUUGGCUAAUUUAUGUGGAUUUUUAGUGAGUUAACAUUUCAACAAACAUCAAUGAAUACACACUAACUUAAUUUGUUAACUUACGAUUUAUUAAUGCUACGUUUAACAUCAUUUAAUGUUCAAAGUUAAAGGAACCUUGACGUAAAGGUGUCAGUUCUCUUAAAUAUAUGAACGUUUAAAACACUCCCAACCCUACAAGCUCCACCCCUUUCGCCUGGUAAACCAGUACUACACAGCCUGCAUUUGCAUACUGGAACAUAAUAGGCUGUUAUACUUUAUGAUGCAAUAACAUUCUCCUGUCACGUGGUAUAAAUACUGAUUUUCUAAUAAGAUUUCCAUCUCCUGUGUUUCUUAAAGAGCAACACCAAUGAUUCCUAUUUUGUGUUAACAGCUGCUAAAAUUAUAUCUUUCAAAAAUAGAAAGAGAAUACUGAUUAAAAAAUGGAUUCUUAUGUUUACAUGCAUUUGAGUGAUCUGAUAAUGCGAAAACUCUAAUUUUUUUUUUUUAAUAGUAGUGUCAUGUGGUGUUGUGUUUUUUUAAGUAUGUUUAAGGGUUUUUUUAAUAGUUGUUAAAUUAUUUUAUCAACUGCGUAGCGGAUCAGCACCGAUACACGCUACAUUAUUUGUUUUUCUUAACGUACACAAUAUUCAGUGCUGCUGAAUGCUUGAUUCUGAUUGGUCAGAAGGUGUCUGAUUUUUUUUUUUUUUUUUUUUAAUGAAAAGGUCUUCAUGGAAGGAGUCUCCAGGAAAGUCUUUGUAGUUUCUCAGUAACAUGAUGAUUAAGAGUAAGCUAGCUCGUGCAUGGAGAUUGGAAAUGACUAAAAUAAAGUUUAAUAUUGUGGGGUUUUUUUUUAUAUUUUUCAAUAAUUUCAGUGGUGUUGCUCUUUAAAAAUGCAGAAAAGCCACUGCACUGAUUUUAAUCAUACACACGUUUUAACUUCACAGAAGUUUAGGGUGACUUCAAUGUAGAACCUCCAUUAAUACUUGAUACCUGUGUAACCAAAACCUCGGUACAAUCGACUGCACUUAAUCAGCUACUACGUGUUAUAGAACUGAAGUGUAGAAGUUUUGCUUAUUCGUGCAUUACUUUACAUUGUCUGUCUUUUUAAAAACCCUUUAAAUGUUCUAUACAGACGUCCUGUAUAGCGGAUCUACAGACGUGAUACUGUACUCAUUUAUAACACUGUGCAAGAAAAUUAAGAGAAAAUAUUUUUCAGUUAUGCAAAUUAAUUGAGGAUUUCUAUUUUCUUUUUUUUUUUUUUGGGUGUAGAGGCUUUCAAUGUUGAACGUGUGCUAAGUUAAGAAAAAGUGUAUGUUAUAUUAAAAUGACAAGGUUCAUGUUAUUUUCAUACAAUAUUUUGGAAUGUAUAACAUGCUCUAUUAUAACCUAAAGCUGAUAUACUGUAUUUAACCAAUAUUUUUGUAUUUUAUCCAUGGCAAUAAAUAUGCAACAUAUAUGCAGUGUACACAAAUGUGUCCUUACUCAGUGUUUAAAAUGUCGCGUUUUCUGAUCCCCGACUAACCGAAUCCAAAUUCCCGUGCAUAUUUCAGGUUAAUAAUUCUCAACACAGCUGCUCUUUCUCUCGUCCCACUACGGCGCUAUCAGCACUGUUUUUUCCACAUCGUUAAUUUCUGUUUGCUAUUUGUGUUAGAGCCACAUAGCAAUGUCUUUUGAACAGGAUUUUCGAUGAUACUACUGAAUCUGCUAUGAUACGACUUCAGUUCAUAAGAUGACGGUUCAGUAUUUGAUGAUACCACUGAAUCUGCUACGAUACAAUUUUGAUUCAUAAGGCAACGAUUCAACAUUUAACAUUUACGAUACUAUUUUGAUUUAUAAGACAAUGAUUCUAUAUUUGAUGAUACCACUGAAUCUGCUAUGAUAUGAUACAAUUUCCGUCCAUAAGGCAGCAAUACAAUAUUUGAUGAGACCACUGAAUCUGAUAUGAUACAAUUUUGAUUCAUAAGGCAACGAUUCGAUACGAUUUUGAUUCAUAAGGCAACAAUUUAAUAUUUGAGGAUACCACUGAAUCUGCUAUGGUACAAUUUUGAUUCAUUAGGCAACAAUUCAAAAUUUAACAUAACCACUGAAUGUGAUAAAAUAUGAUACGAUUUUGAUUUAUAAGGCAAUGAUUCUAUAUUUGAUGAUACGAUUGAAUCUGCUGCGAUACGAUACAAUGGGAUUUUGAUUCAUAAGGCAGCGAUUUGAUAUCUGAGGAUUCCAUGAAUCUCAUCAAAUACAGAAAAUACAGUACAAUUUUGAUUCAUAAAGCAACGAUUCAGUAUUUGAUGAUAAAACUGAAUUUGAUGUGAUACGAUUUUGAUUCAUGAGGCAAUGAUUCAGUAUUUGUUGAUACCACUGAAUCUGAUGUGAUACGAUUUUGAUUCAUAAGCCAAUGAUUCAAUACGAUUUUGAUUCAUAAGGCAACAAUUUGAUAUUUGAUGAUACCACUGAAUCUGCUAUGCCACAAUUUUGAUUCAUAAGGUAACGAUUCAACAUUUAAUAUAACCACUGAAUGUGA